AGGAAAAUGAAGAAUGUGGACCAACGCACGGAACAGAGGACUGGUAGUGUAAAAUGCUAAACAAUCCUUAGGUACCCCCUAUACUGAUCAAGUCAAGGAUAAAAAGGCUAGAAAGAUUUUCCCUACACGACAUAACAUUUGGAGAUCUGCACUGAAACUGUUGCUGGUGUGUAAAAGAUUCUGUUCACAGGGAAAUAUUGAUCAAUAAAUCGUUAUGAUAAAGCUUGUAUGUUUCGCUGGAUUUCUUGUUCUUGCCCACGAAGUACUGGUUGCUUAUGCCUGCUCCUGCGCACGGUCUAACACCUAUAACAAAUACUGCGAGUCCAAUGCAGUUCUUUUGGUUAACCCCAUUGAAUACAUCGACCAUGGAAACAAUUUCAGAAUGUCCUACACGGCAGAAGUUCUGAAAGUAUUCAAAUCAAAAGAACCUAUAACGGGAAACACUACGACGAUUAACACAGCAAAGUACGACAGUUUGUGUGGGAUGCAUCUCACACUAAAUCAGAAGACGGUGAUAUCAGCAUUCAAUGAGGGCCCCGACCUCUGGAUAGACUUGUGUAAUUCUAUAAAUAUGAAUUACAAUUCGGCUCUGGAGAACUUUGGAGAUGACUUCGACUGCAACUGUAGGUUACGAAUCGGAUAUCCUUUUGAUGGGCGCUACGACGAAAAAAAGUUGUGUCCGUGGAUUGCAUACCUAAGAUGCCGUGAUGGAAGGACGACAUGUGGCUUAGAUGACCAUGGACAGUGCCAGUGGCGAUGCGUAUCGGACUCGAGCUGAAUUGUCGAUGUGAAACAGAAUUACUGUUACUACAAGUUCCGAAGCUUCAUUCAUCAUGAAUUCUUGUUAUGCACGAGAUAACAGUUGUUUGUUUUUUCGAAAUAAAGAUCUAGAAGCA